UGUUCGAAGGUGUUCGUUUGUCUGCUCGCUGUGUGCAGCAUGGCCCAUGCGGGCUUCCUUGGCGGCGGCAGCGCCCUUAGCUCCGGCGGCGGCGGCGGUGGCUACGGUGGCGGCUACGGAGGCGGUCAUGGCGGUGGCUACGGUGGCGGCCAUGGCGGUGGCUAUGGUGGCGGUCAUGGUGGCGGCUACGGUGGCGGUCAUGGCGGCGGCGGCGGCGGAGUUAAAAUCAUUAAGGUUAUCUCCGAUGGCGGUGCUGGCGGCGGCUACGGAGGUGGCGGUUAUGGCGGUGGCUACGGCGGCGGUCACGGCGGAGGUUACGGCGGCGGCUAUGGUGGCGGCCAUGGCGGCGGCUAUGGUGGCGGCCAUGGUGGCGGCUAUGGCGGCGGUCAUGGUGGCGGCUAUGGCGGCGGUCAUGGUGGCGGCUAUGGCAGCUCCGGCGCUGUACAAAUCGUUAAGGUCAUCUCUGAUGCAGGCAGCAUCGGUGGCGGCGGCGGCGGCACAAGUGAGACAGUAAAUGAAAAUAAGAGUCAGAGCAGAGAUUAA